AGAAAAAAAUAAAUCAUUAAUAUGUUCAUUUCGUAAAACUGCGUAAGGAAUCAUUUGCUUUUUUUGGGUUACUUUGAAAUGCUUUAUCUGAUGGGCUGUCUCAACUCUCAAGGAGAGAAAAGUGAAUCUGAUCUGAUGUGUGAUUGGGUUCUGAGAGAGACUGAGAGACUGGUUUCGUGAAGAAAAAGUCCAAACUCUUGGUUCCAAUAUUUUUUUUCCCCUUGCUACAGGAGAGAAAGCUGAAAUCUUGUAGCUAUAAAGGGCAAAUACUGUGUAGUUUAUACAUUUAUGCAGUUUUACUGUUAUACGGAUAGAAAUUAAACGUCCUGGGAUUUUUUGAGGAAAAUAAUGUUAACGAUGGAGAAUGAGUUUGAUUCAAAGCUAAGGAUAGAGGGCAACAGUUCAUCCCCAAAUAGCGACAAUAAUGGUGCUAAUCCUCAGAGAUCUAAGAGCUUUGCAUUUCGAGCACCCCAGGAGAAUUUUAGCAUCCAAGAUUUUGAAUUGGGCAAUAUUUAUGGCGUCGGUUCGUAUUCAAAGAAUUAUGUUUGGCGUUUCAUUUUCUCGUCUUUUGUUUUUUAUCUUGUUGGUGCCCUUUUGAAACUGACUGCUACUGUAUUUUUGCUCUAUUCUGAUGCGAAAUGUAAGUUGCAAAGAACUGCAAAGUUUUCCUUGGUUGUCAGAGCAAAGAAGAAAGACACGGGGAUCGUCUAUGCUAUGAAGAUCAUGGAUAAGAAAUUUAUUACUAAGGAAAAUAAAACUGCUUAUGUCAAAUUGGAGCGCAUAGUAUUAGAUCAGUUAGAUCAUCCUGGUGUAGUGCGUUUGUUCUUUACAUUUCAAGAUACUUUCUCACUCUACAUGGCGCUCGAGUCUUGUGAAGGUGGGGAACUUUUUGAUCAAAUAACCCGGAAAGGCCGUUUAUCUGAGGAUGAAGCUCGUUUCUAUGCAGCUGAAAUUGUGGAUGCUCUUGAAUACAUACACAGCAUGGGCUUGAUACAUCGAGAUAUUAAGCCGGAAAACCUACUGCUUAGCGAGGAUGGACAUAUCAAGAUUGCCGACUUUGGCAGCGUAAAGCCUAUGAAAGAUAGCCAGAUAACAGUCCUUCCAAAUGCGGCAUCAGACGAUAAGGCAUGUACCUUUGUGGGAACAGCUGCUUAUGUGCCUCCAGAAGUUUUAAAUUCCUCUCCUGCCACUUUUGGGAACGAUCUUUGGGCGCUUGGAUGCACAUUGUACCAAAUGCUUUCGGGUACAUCUCCCUUCAAGGAUGCUAGCGAAUGGCUUAUUUUCCAAAGAAUUAUUGCAAGAGAUAUUAGAUUCCCUAGUUACUUCUCAGCUGAAGCGCGGGAUCUAAUUGAUCAGUUAUUAGACAUUGAUCCUAGUAAGCGACCAGGUGUCGGACCCAAUGGCUAUGCUUCUCUCAAAGGCCACCCUUUUUUUAAAGGAAUUGAUUGGAAGAAUUUGAGGGCUGCAACCCCCCCUAAACUAGCUCUUGAUCCGAGAGUUCUUUAUGUAACUAGUACGAAGGUUCUUGGUGAAAACACAUAUUCUUUCCAUCUUGUUUACUGUCCAUUAAUAAUCCAGGCUCAGUCGACUUCAAGCGAAGAUCAAGAACCUUCUUGGAACCCAUCACAUGUUGGUGAUGGCUCGGUAAUAUUAAAUGAUGCAAAUGGUGACUUUGCAUCAGCUUCGGAAGUUGGUAGCAUCACUAGACUAGCGUCCAUUGAUUCAUUUGAUUCAAAAUGGAAAUUGUUUUUGGAGCCUGGUGAAUCCGUUAUCAUGAUCUCCAUGGUGAAGAAGCUGCAGAAACUAACAAAAAAGAAAGUGCAGCUUAUCCUCACAAAUAAGCCAAAGCUAUUUUAUGUUGACCCUGCAAAGUUGGUGAUCAAAGGAAAUAUAAUAUGGUCAGACAAUCAUGAUGAUCUUAGCAUUGAAGUCACAAGCCCAUCAAAUUUCAAGAUUUGCACACCGAAGAAAGUUUUCACAUUUGUGGACGAUAAACAAAGAGCAAUGCAGUGGAAGAAAGCGAUUGAGGCCCUCCAGAACCGGUGAAAUAGUGCUUAUGAUGUAUUUUGUCUGCACAUUCUAAGAACAGCACAAAAUUGUAGAACAAAAAAUAUGAUGGAAGAAAACUGGCAACAGGUAAACAGUACAUGGAGGUUCCACGCUGAUUGAUUUUGGCCAGGGAAAAUUAGUUCAUGCUGGCUGCUCUUGCAUUCAUCGCCACUGAUGUUUCAUGUCACAGAUAUUUCAUUUCAUCAUAAGCUUCCACAGAAAAUCAUUUUUACUCAUGCAAAGACUAUUAGUCUAAUAUGAAUGUCUUCCUUGGCUGGCUUGGCUGUCAUUCAUUGUUUGAUUGCUUUGAUUGCUCAAACUUUGUUUGAUAUUCAUAUUUUAUCUAAAGAAGUGUAAAUCCAUCUGCUUUUAUUCUAGUAUGAUGUGAUCAUUCUCAGAGAAUGGAGAAUGGUAAAUAGUGAAAGAAAUGAGAUAAGUUUUGGACUAUGACUGAUCAAGUCAAACAAGGUG